AUGGAUCAGGCCGACAUCCCGGCGCUGCUGGCGCGCCUGUCGAGCGAUGAGGAUGCCGCGCGCAAAAUGGCCGUAUUCAAGCUGCAGUCCUCCAUCAACGACCCAGCGUUUGCCGACGUCUUCAUAUCCUCGGGCGGCCUGGUGAUCCUGCGCCGCCUCAUCAUGGGGGCCGGCGGCAACACCCUGGCCUACUCGCUGCAGUCGCUCUCGCGUCUCCUCGAGGUUGACAUGGGCUGGGACAUUUUCGAGGGCCCCAGCGCGGGGGACCUGGUCGAGCGCAUCGUCGAGCUCAUCGUCACCAACCCGCUGGUUAACAUCCUCCGAGGCGCCAUGUCGAUACUGGUCGCGCUCGUCAGCCACUCCCAGUCCGCCAACGAGGCCCGCGGCAGCCCGAGCAGUUUCGGCUUCCGCGCUUUGCGGCCCGCCAUUGCUGUAUAUCCGCAGUUCUUCGAGCUCGUCGUCCAACAGCUACAGAGCGCCGACCAUGCCCUCUGCGCCAACGCCCUCAUGCUCACCAAUGCCCUGAUCCGCGACGCUCUUUCGAGUAGUAAUACGCCUGAAGGCACUUUCGAAGGCACUGGUGAGGAAUGGACCAAGAUCAUCAAGCGCUUGCACGACCUAGGUCUCGUCAAGGCCGUCUACAAGAUCAUGCAGAGCUCAACGCUGCAGGAUCUUGCGCAUCCCGUUCUGGAGUUUCAGGCUCUCAGCAAGCUGCUGCUGCGCCGGUGGCGAGAGGUGGCGGUUGACGUGGACAGGCCCGAACACAGACGCGCCCUGAAGGCGUUGCACCUGGCCAGCAACCCAGAAAAGAGCCCCGAUGUCAAUGGGCACUCGAGAGACGACUCAGUGGACGGAACGAAGAAGGAUGGCAAACGACACAACCCCGACAAGUGGCGUCGAUUGGGCUUCGAAACAGAGAGCCCGGUACAAGAAUUUGAAACGAGCGGUUGUCUGGGGAUGAUGGACCUGAACGACUAUGUGCGCAAAUUUGAAGACAGCUAUCAGAAGACCCUGCUGGAGCAGGCCGUCAAGCCUCCGCGGGAGCGAUGCCCGAUUGCGCACGCGAGCACGACUGUCACCAUGAUAUUAUACGAUCAUUUUGAGGUGGACAAGACGGACGUGGAAGACACCAAGGGAUACCAAAAUCUAGAGGGCAAAAACUACGACCAGCUGUUUUGCCCGCUGCUGCUGCAGUGGUCUCGGCUGCACACGUCCGCGCUGCAAGCCUUUUUUCGCAUCUGGAAGAGCACCGGCGCCGAGAUGGACGACUUUGAAAAGGUCGGCGAGUUGGUGCGCAUCCUCGUGGAACACGUUGUCGGACAGUCAUCACGUACACGAGACGUGCUCGAGGUUGAGGACGACAUAGCCGAGUUUGACGUCGCACGCCUGCGCGAGCUGCAGAUGGAGCUGCUGGAGCGCUCCUUUGACGAUACCUGGGGGGAGCAUCUGUACCAGGUUAGCGAGACUCUGCGGCAAGAGGCCCUGCAGUUUGUCAAGGAGCAGCGUGUGCGAUGUCUGCUGCAGGGCUCGUGGUCGAUGCAUCCGUCAGCGCCCAGUGGCGCCGAUCACGGAGGGAACAAAACGGGCGACAGCAGCAGUAAAGAGCAGCAGUGGCGGUUCGCCAAGCUGUCACACAAUCGCCGCUACCUGCAUUACGCCGACUUUGACAAGCAGACGCCACAGGAUCCGGGUCUGAACAGCCUGACCGAAAAGAUUGACCUCAACACUAUCAGUUCGGUUGUGUCCAACGUGUCCGCCAACAACGACCAGGCCAGUCAAAGCAGCAGCUCGACGCUGCAGAGCCCGCAGGCCCCAGUCCCGCCGGCGGCCGCAGCCUCGCGCAAGACGCUCACGACUACCAAGAUUACCAUCUACAGCUACGUGCACGCGGCAGACGCCGUGCGGGGCGGUGACAGCAGCGAGUACCCGAUUUUGGAGCUGUGGCCCGUCAACCACAGCCUGGCAUCGGAGUGGCUGGACGGGCUGCUGAUGCUGCUGAACCAGACGCCCAUCACGGCCGAGACGAGCAAGCUGGUGAAUCUGGUGAGCGACUAUGGGCUCAAGAUUCGGCUGCUGAAUGUGCGCAUGGACGGCGCGCUGGAGGGGCCGCCGCCGGGGACGGGCGUGGUGCCGAGCCGGGACGGCUUGGACGAGGAUUACUUUUACGAGAUUUAG